AUGACUUCGCUAAGAGCUCUCUACUUAAGCUUCAAUCAAUUAACUUCUGUGAUUCCAUUGAGCUUGUGGAGGCUUACAGAUCUCUUGGAGGUUGACUUCUCAUCCAAUUCUUUAAGUGGCUCUCUUUCAUCUGAGAUUGAGAAAAUGAAGGUCUUGAGGAGAUUGAAUUUGUCAAGAAAUCAACUAUCAGGUGAUAUCCCUAAAACAAUUGGUGGUCUCAAAGAUUUGACUAAUCUCUCCUUGGCAAUAAAUCGACUACAAGGCUCAAUUCUUGUAUCUUUUGGUGAAUUGGUAAGCUUGGAGUUUUUGGAUCUUUCCGAUAACAAUUUAUUUGGAGAGAUUCCCAAGUCCUUAGAACGACUUCACUACCUCAAAUAUCUAAAUCUCUCAUUCAAUAAACUACAAGGAGAGAUUCCCACAGGUGGACCAUUUCUAAACUUCUCAGCUACAUCAUUUAUGUCAAACAAUGCACUUUGUGGUGCAACUUGA